GGGAGGCAGAUCACAACUUCCCCUCUCUGAGGAUAUUUCUCUCCUGCAGGAGGGCACGAUGCUGAGAACCUGAUCUGCUGCGUUAGCGUUAGCGACAUGAAGACAGAAGAGGGACAGGAAGUGACAUUAUGUGGAUAUAAAAACACGCUGACCCUUUUUACCAUCUUUGGAGAAUGAGUGAAGCGUGAAAUGAAAAGCGUUCGACCCGGAUGAUAAGUCAUCAGGAGAGUGUGGUGUGUGUGUGUGUGUGUGGUGUGUGUGUGUGUGUGUGUGUGUGUGUGUGGUGUGUGUGUGUGUGUGUGUGUGUGUUUGUGUGUGUGUGUGUGUGUGUGUGUGUGUGUGUGUCCGUGAUGGGAUAAAUGGAUUUGCAAGAGAAGAGAGGAAGUCUCCGCGCGAUGUUUGGAAUAAAACUCACGACGGAGAAAUAUUUUUUGAUGUGAAUCCACUUUUUGUUUCCACUUUGACCGGUGUACGCUUGGUUUAUCUUCACAAACGCCUGCUGGGUUGGGUUUUGUUCGCCUGGACCUCCCUGACGCUCUGUUUCCUGGUGGUUUACCCUCCAGAUGGAUGCAUGUGCGAUCGCCUCAUUCAACAUUAACCGGGUUUCACCAAACAACGAGCACGCCGGCGUGUUUGUGCCCGAAGCCUGACUGCAGAUCAGCUCUCCGUCUGAGUUUAAACAUUUACAGCGACGUGUGAAGACACUGGAACUCCAGAGCUGCGGACUGUUUACUGAUUCAUGGUUAGGCGAUUCAUAUCAGGAAUGUUAGUCCAAACCCAAAGGUAUUCACUUUAAUAUGACAGAGAGGCUGCACACAGACUCAGUGCAUGAAACUACUUCAUCGAUUCAUUCACUAGGAGGAGAUUAUUUGUUUCAAUUGCUCAGAGUUUUGUUUGUUUGAUACGUCAGAGUGGAUCGCAGCAGAAUCAGAACAUCUCUAUACAUCCCACAGAGGGGACGUUUACACUGUAACAGCAGCAGUAAAGAGUAGCACAACAUAAUUAAGAAAACAUGCAUAAAGUAUUACGAUACGAUAAUACUUUAUUGGUCAGAUGAAGUCUGACAUUUGCUUGCAUCCCAGCAGCUCCAUGUGUAACAUCAACACAUGAGAAACAAACAACAAACAUUGACCAUAACCAAGAGGAAACCUGAAGAGCCUUCAGCGUGCAUUUGAUCUGGAUUCAGCUCUGUAUUUACUGAGAGGACUGACUGGAGCACAAAGGAGUGUUUUCAGUCUGACUUUAUUGAAUCGCGGGACCCUGUAUCCCCCAUUAGAUGGUAUUCAAGAUAAAAAUAGAUAUUAGGAGGUGAAGCGACUCUCUGAAGACAGAGAUAUAUAUCCCAGAGUAAUCGCUGGCAUCAUGCAGGGCGUGGAGGCAUCAUGGUGGUCCGUGGUCCUGUUGUUAGUGAGUCUCAAAGCCUCCCCCUGCCUCCCUCAGGACUCUCUCCCAGAAUGCAUCUGUGCCUCGGACAUCCUGAGCUGCACCGACGCCAAUUUGACCGGACCCCCCUCAGAAAUGCCCGUUUCCACCGUGACUCUUGACCUCAGCCACAACCGUCUCCAACAACUAGAAGGCGGCGGAUUUGAAGAACUCUACCGACUGGAAACAUUACGAUUAUCUCACAACCAGGUGAGCGCCGUACAUCCGGGGGCGUUCAGAAACACCUCUCGACUGCGACAUCUUGACCUGUCGUCCAAUCAGCUGCGAACUUUGGAGCAUCACUUCUUCCUGGAUGUGCCGAUGCUAGAAGAGUUGUUGCUGUUCGACAACCGCAUCGUCCGGGUGGAAAGCCGAGCGUUUGCGGGACUCAGCGGAUUGAAGAAGGUUUACCUCAGCCACAACCUACUCACUGACUUUCCGUUUUUCUCGCUGCACAGCCAGCCUCACCUGUCCACGUUCGAUUUGUCCUCUAAUCGUCUGAACAGAUUGCCCCUUCAGGACAUCUCCAACCUGCCGAUGAUUCUACAGAGAAACCUCUACCUGCACAACAACUCUCUGGUGUGCGAAUGCGCCAUGUUCAGCUUGUUUCGGGUGUGGGAACAACAAGGAUUCCCCUCGAUGACGGAUUUCAGGAAGGAUCACGUCUGCCUGGUGUUCGCAAUCCCAAGAGGCACCGUUCGCUUCUUCCAACACGACCGAUACUUCGAGAAGUGUGACAUGACUUCGAUCCAGCAGGAGGGCAACGUCUCUGUGAAAACGGGGGGUCGUUUGUUGCUUCACUGCGUCACCUCGCUCGCCCGUCGCCAACUCACCUUCCACUGGGUUUCUCCGCGGCAGGAAUACGUGGCGCCGCCCGGGAACAACGGAACCAUGAGGAUGUUUCCUAACGGCAGCUUGGAGAUCUUGAAGGCCAAAUCCAAUGACUCUGGGAUCUACUGGUGUUUGUCUCUUGAU